AUGGGGCGCCGGGCAGACUCCGCACUACGAAUCCUAUACGCCAAUGCCAACAACAAGCCUUUCCACGCAAUCUCAGGCGCCCAUGCGACGACGACUUACCUUGACAAUAUCACGAACGCAGUUGGUAUCUUCAUGAGGGGCAUGAGCGAUAUCUUCAUCGUCGAUGAUGGCGACACAGCUCUACUCCAAGGCGGCAUUCUCAAUGGCGAUGUCACUGACUUCUUAUGGGCCCACGACAAGCAAACCAUGACAACAGCCUGUGCUUGUGUCGGGUACAUCUCCCCUAUCCUCGGUGGCGGCCACGGCUGGAACCAAGGUCGUUAUGGCCUGGCAUCCGAUCAACUCGUUUCUGCACGCGUGGUUCUCGCUAACGGCACUGCCAUCACUGUGAACGAGAGCAGUACCGAUCUGUUCUGGGCGAUACGCGGCGCUGGCCACAACUUUGGCAUCGUUACUCAGGCCGAGAUCAAAAUCUAUGACAAGAAGCCAGAUGUGGAUCAGUGGGCCGUCAUUGGCUACUUCUACACGCAUGAUAAGAUGGAGGAUGUUGUAGCAGUUGCGAACACCUGGAUAACGAGUGCUAACAGACCAGUAAGCUUGGAACACUAUAUUGUGUUCUCCUUCGACCCCAAGGUGGACCCCAUAAAUCCUAUCGUGAUAAUUUGGGUAAUCUACCAAGGCGCUGCCACCAUCCCAACCCAAUACACCGAUCCCCUCGUCGCCCUCUCACCCAUGGCCACCGACUCGGGCGUAACCGACCUUGCCGGCGUAAGCAAAUACACAGGUGCCGACCGCAACGGCCCCUCUUGCACAAAAGGCUACACGCGCUCCCUAGUCCCCGUAUCAGCCGACACAUACGACAAAACUUCCCUCCGCAAAGUCAUCAACAUCAUGAAGACCUUUCCCUCGGAGUUCCGCAGCUCUGCCGUCCUGCUCGAAAGUUACUCUACCAAUCGCGUCGGCCAGAUACCUAGCGAUAGCACCGCCUACCCCGACCGAGAUGGCCAACUACUGUUCUCACCAUUUAUGACAUAUGAGAAGAAUGUUAGUCUGGAUGCGGCAGCAUGGGAUUUCGCGGGUCAGAUACGUGAUAUGUUGAUUGAAGGGACGGGAAAGGCUUAUGAGGCUUAUAUUAACUAUGCGAGGGGUGAUGAGACGACAGAGGAAUUGUAUGGGUAUGAAGAGUGGAGGUUGGAGAAGUUGAGGGGGUUGAAGAAGGAGUACGAUCCCUUUGGCAAGUUCAACUUCUUUGCUCCGAUCCUGUGA